AUGGAAGAAGCUAGAAGAGAAAAGUCUACAAGGUCUAUGAAGGAUUAUGAUCAACAAAGACUAAUCUUGUCUGGAGAUGCAGUGAAGUUGCUGGGUUGCUGGGCAAGUCCUGCCCUAAGAGUCACAUGGACUUUGAAGCUGAAGGAGAUCGAGUACGAGUAUGUUGAAGAGGACCUCCCAAACAAAAGUUCCCAGCUCUUGAAGUAUAACCCUGUUCACAAAAAGAUACCAGUUCUUGUGCAUGGUGGUCAGCCUUUAGCAGAGUCGCUGGUUAUACUUGAAUACCUUGACCAGACUUGGAAGCAAAAUCCAAUCCUGCCAGAAGAUCCCUAUGAAAGAGCUCAGGUGCGCUUCUGGUCCAGAUUUGCUGACGAUAAGUGUGUGCCAGCGAUGAUGACUGCAUUCACAAAGAUAGGGGAAGAGAAAGAGAAAGCUGCAAAAGAAGCUAGAGAGAAUCUCAAGAUUCUGGGAAGUGGACUUGGGGAAAAGCAAUUCUUUGGAGGUGAAAGCACAGGCUUUGUGGACAUAGCUGCUGGGUGGAUUGGAAUAUGGGCUAGAAUGGUCGAGGAUAUUGCAGAAGUAAAUCUAAUUGAUACCAAGAUGAUGCCUCUGCUUGACGCUUGGUUCAGAAGAUUUCUUGAGGUUUCAAUUAUUAAAGAAUGCCUGCCACCUCAAGAUAAACUGCUGGAGCACAUGAAAGGCUUUCACAAGAUGUUGACUGGAGGAUCAAAUUGAAGAUUUUGCCACCAUUUCUGCCUGGUUUCUGCAUAUAAUUAUCCUUGGAUUUAGCAUGUGUACCAUUCAUCUAUAAAGAAUAACGUGAGCUCAGCACAGUUCUUGAUAUACCAAAGAUUCACAAGAGCAGGAUUUGAUGAAAUAAAUGCAGACAAUUUUAGUUC